CCUACUUCGCCGGACUUCAGUUCGCCGGCGGAUGGAGGGGGAAGCUUGACGCAAACGCAGCAACACUGCCUCGCCGGCUUCAGUUGACCGGCGGAUGAGGCGACGGUUGCCGGCGACGCGAAACAGAGUUCUUGGCCGGGCCUCCGGCGAUAUUCGCUGGUUUUCUCCAGCGAUAUUCCGGUUGCAUUUUAAAAUGGCUGAAACAAGCACUCAAGGGAGUGGAAGAAACUUAGGGACCCCUGGUCUUCAUCUGAGGCAAAGAUUCUGUCCUCCAUGUCUCACACUUGUGUUGUUUCUCUCUCAUCCAUGGCAUGACUUAGCAAUCGUCUACCAUGGCAGCAACCUGAAGGUGGUUGACAAGAGAGUAAGACAUGCAGAGCUGGUUUUGAGGUGUGUGAUUUGUGGGAGGAAAUCAAGUCCCUAAAGCGUAAGCUGAAUCUGCUGCUUUUCUUCGUACAGCAAGGCUGCUUUGUCUGUGAGUUAGAUCAGUGAUGAAUUCUCUUUACUGCUUGAAUUGUCUUGUAAAACAUCUAGUCAAUGCUUUUCAAAGGGAUGCUUUUCAGGUAUAUAAUCAAAGAAAGAAGAGGUUAGUGGAGGUAAUACAUGAUGGCGAGAUUGUUUUAUCAAUGAGAGCCAUUUACCAUUUAAAUUUGGGCUUGGCCUUAAGGAUACUGGUAUGGUUUUUACUGUUUACUACAGUGAUCUUGUUUGAUAUUACUAUCAGCUUCUAUCUAUUACUGGAGGAGUUUUUUUCUGGCAAUAUCAAGUAAUAGAUCUUUUGAAUGAAAAAUAAAUUUAACUUAUACUGUUCCAAUCUUGAUGCAGGAGCAAAAGAAAUCCUGCAGAAUAUUUGUGAAAAGCAGGGCAAAUA